ACCACCAAGACGACAAUGGCCCCGCAGAACCAACCAACAUCCAAGCUGUCCUUCGUCGAAAUGAAGAAGAAGCUCACUGCGGACUUGAACCAAGCCAUCGAAGAGUACAACCGAGCAAAAGCGGAGAACGAAAAGCUACAGGACUAUCCAGCCAUGGAUCCCGACGAGGUCAAGAAGAAAUUGGCUGAGUUGGAACAAUCUGUCAAGCAUUCCAAGAUGACCAUGUCGGAAGUAUCGGAUGGACUUUGCAACAUCAUCGAGAAGGCCAUUAGGAGUAUUGACAAUAACUGA